UGAUUCUAGAAUAAUUUGCAAAGAGAGAGAAGUUGUUUGAAACAGUCAGUCAUACAAUGAGCGCUGUGAGGAACCUUGUGGUGACUGUUUUAUUCUCACUGUUGGUGCUGAACAUGCUCGAUGACUCAGUCUCUACGUCAGCAGAUUGCUGUCUCCGUUAUUCAAAGAAACGGUUGCCAUUCAGAUUAAUCUCCGGCUAUGUGGAGCAACAAUCCAAUGAGAUCUGUGACAUAGAUGCAAUCAUAUUCUACACUGUUGGAGGACAGGCAAUAUGUGCAAAUCCUGACAGUCGUUGGGUGAAAGUUGCAUUGAAAUUGCUGAGCAAAAAACUGGAAGAAAUGUCCCUUGAUUGAAGAAUUCCUUCUCCACAAAUAUACCUCCUGCUUUGCUUGAGCAAUUAUUUCUGCAUAGCAUCUAUGUACUUAUGUAUAGUUAGUGGCAUUAAAGCUGCUAACAAUUAGCUGCACUGACAGGCUGAAAUGUUCAACUGAA